AACGCCGGCCCACGUCUGCAGCUAAUCAAAGUGCUUUUCGAAACAGUCCGCUGCGCAUAAACACAAGUGGAAAUUUUCUGGUGUUGGUCAUUGUAAGCUUUGCACUCGUUGCUUUUUUGUGAUAAUCAAAUAAAUUUGCUCAACUCCAUCUCUUGUGCAUCACGCUUAGCGAGAAAAAUAAAUAAAUUUAGCACAGAUUUCAGUAUGAAGUUCCAAUUAGUCAUUCUCUCCGCCCUGCUCGUCAGCGCAUUCGCUCUGCCCGUACCAGAUGAGGAAGUGUCACCGGUAGUACAGGCGGUGCCACAAGUACAAGAGAAGUCCGUUGAAGUACAAAAGGUCAAUGAGAAGGUUGCCGAUGUGGUUAAGCCAGUCGAGGCACGUGCAGCUGAACUUCCCGCUGCAGCAGCGCCGGCCCUAGCCAACGAGGAGAAGAAGGACCUAAAACCCGUCGAACUCCCAUUGAACGCUCCCGAUUCCGAAAUCAGCCAGAGUUUGCUUGCCGAGAAGAAGGAAGAGAAGAAGGAUAAGCAGACACGCGCUGAUGAUAAAGUAGAGGAAACUAAAGCCCUGCCUGUUGCUGCCGCCACCGCACCUGUUGCCGGUCUCGCUGAGGAGCCAAAACAAGCUGAGGAAACCCUUGUCGCUGCUGAGGAGAAAACUAAUAUUGAAGGCAAAUCCACCAUUAUUGCUGAAGCCGCACCAGCCGAACAGAAGAAGGAUGAGCUCUCUGCCGCUGAGGAAACACCUGUGGUGAAGACUGAUUCCGCUCUUGCCGCCACUGCUGAUAUUGCUCCUGCUGCUACUGAACUUAAGAAGGAGGAAACUCCAGCACGUCAAGAACGCGUUGGCGAAGCUGUAAAUGAGGUUGAUGCCAACGUUGUGCCUGCUGCUUCCGUUGUUGCUGAAGUAGCGCCAGCAGUAAAGAGUUUGUUAGCUGAAGAAGCCGCCCCUGCUGCUACCCCCGUUGCCGCUACACCCGCUCUCACCACCGAUGCUGCACUUGAACAGCCUGCCGAACCUGAGAAACAACUACCAGAAGCACCCAAAGAGUUGCUCAAAUCGGCUGCAUCCGAACCAAUUGCUCAGGAGGUCGAACCAGCGGCGCUAGCACCAGCCGGUGAUAUUCCACUACAAGCCAGCGAAGAAAGCGCAGCCAAGGCCUUGAAGGUAGAGGAACCAGCACCAGCAGCACCAGUUGCCGCUGUUGCCGCACCAGAAGCUAAGAAAAUUGAAGAACCCGCCGCCGCUGCUCCCGCACCAGCUGAGUUACCACAGCAGCAACAAAAAGAACUAACACCAGAGGUAAAGGAAAGUGAACCCAAGACAUUGGAAGAGAAAAAACCCGUUGCCGAGGCUGAGAAAUUGAGUGAGAGCAAGAAAUCUAAAGAUUCCAACUCGUCAUCCGAUUCGUCUGAAUCCGAAUCUAAGGAAAGUAGCGAAUCCAAGGAGGAGAAAUCUGACUAGAAGUCUAUAUGCAUCCGAUCGAAUACCUCCUUUAAAAAAAAAAACAGCAAAAAUUCAAAAGCAAAAACAACAAUUUGACCACACUUCAAACAGCAAACAAUUGGGUAUGAAGUUCUGCAAAAACACAAACUGACCGAUGUCACGUGGUCACAAACUCAACGCUCUUAAUAAUAUAUAGUUAGUUAUUUUUAGUUGUAAAAACUAUUUAGAAAGAAACGAAAUCAACAAAACGGACAAAACGAGGGACCGACAGAAUUAAUAUUUGCAAGAUAAAGGCAACCAACCAACCAUUCGUAUGACGUAGGCAGUGUAAAGAGAACCAUGAAAGUUAUUAUUAAACAGUAUACAAGAAAGUGCCGAUAACGGUCGGGAGAAUUAAAACAAGUGCUUUGUAGAUUGCAACAUCCAACGCCAUGACAGUCUAGUGCUCACCACACAGAGAGCUAGAGGUCUUCUACUUCUAAUUACCCAGCAUUGGAAUACACUCGCUGCACUUGAGUGGAAACAAAUAAGGACAAACCAAGAAGAUGGCAUACAAGCAAUAAUACUUACACAAGUAAUUAUGAUAUAUCAUAAAUUAUAUACAUAAAACAAAAGUAAUUUAAGCUUAAUUAAAUUAAAAAAAUACAAGUAAAUCCACAAAAUGCUGUAAGGUGAAGUUCAAACGAGGGAAUAUUUAAUUUUAAUAUAUAUGAGGAUGUACGAGUAAUUAUUGCCGAUGGAUAUAAGAGGAACGCAAUCAUUACGAAAGAUGCACAACUACUUUUAAGUUCUAGAACCACUACGUAACGGUAGACGGGUAGACCCACAAUGUAUUUGUAGCUUUUAAUCUAAGCAGUCCACAAUUGAAAAGCUCGACAUCAGUAACGUCCGCCUUGAAAGCAAAAGCAACAAAAGCAAAGCAACUAAUGCAGCCCCAACAAUAAAACGAUAGAUAUUAUUUUAAUGCAUUGGAAGACAAAGCAAAAGCAACAGCAAAAACAAACACCAACCUACGUUAGAUAAUACCUACAUACCAUGGACCAAUUACGUUUAAUUUUAUAAAUUAUAUGUAUGCGUAUGCUUAAUGUUUAUGAAAACUCUGCUGGCACUUGCAAUUCAAGUUUUUUAGGUCUCUGAGCGAUCCAUGCGCAUUUAUGGCUGCUGUGACUUUCAAUUGCAUUUCGAUCGAAAACGCAUUUUAGUAAUUGAAAUGCAGUUGAGUGGUGCACAAUGCGUGUGCGCGUGGAUACGAACAAAUUACGAUGAUUACAUAACACCUAUAUACCAUACAUGCAUAUGAACAAAAUGUAUUUGUACGAUUUUUAUAUAGACUGACAAUUUUUGGAUAAAAAAUAAAAAAUAAUAAAAAAUA